AUGGCGACUCUUGUCAAAGACAAUACCAGUAAGACGACUAUCUACGUUGGGGGUCUUGAUGAUCAAGUUAACGAACAAAUCCUCCACGCAGCUUUUAUUCCGUUUGGUGAUAUUGUUGAAAUUCAAAUCCCUCCAGAUCCUGCUUCCCACAACCAACAUCGUGGAUUUGGAUUUAUAGAGUUCGAAGAAGCCGCCGACGCUCAAGCUGCGAUUGAUAAUAUGAAUCUAUCAGAACUUUACGGUAAAGUUAUUAAGGUCAAUCUGGCCAGGCCUAUGAGAGUUAAAGAAGGAAGCAUGCGAGCUGUGUGGUCUGAGGACGCGUGGUUACAAAAAUACGCACUCAAAUCUGCUGAUCCGAAUGUUCCCUAUGAAUCUAGUGAAUCUAAUGAAUCUAAUGAGGAAGAUGAUAAGUCGUAA